AUGGCUAUCACUGACCCCAUCGUCAUUUCCAAAUCUUUGCCAACAAUUUAUCUCGAUCUCCUCCGAGCUAGUAAUGAAGCACAGAGCAAGAAGUUGCUCGACGCUUGUCGGAAUUAUGGCUUCUUCUAUCUUGAUUUGACCAGCGAUUCAGAGUUAUGUAAACUGUGGGAUGAAAUGCUCCUAGUAAUGAAGUAUUACUUCGAACAACCGCUCAAAAUUAAGAUGCAGGACGCCUGA